GCUCUUGAUUGGUCUUUUAAACUUCUUUAUGGUUCUUUCAUCUCUCAUAUUUCUUAUUCCACCUUUAGCAGGCUUUAUGGAACGCUUCAUUACUUUUCUCCUAAUAGCAUAGAAGUGGACUCCUUCAAAAUCACUAUUUGGAUGUUAGAAAUAAGAUUUUAAGAUGAUAUUUCAAGAAAAUUUAAAAACUUAUGAGCAUCAACACUAAACUUCUCAAAUGCGACUAUUUUCUGAGCCUCAUCUAUCAGACUGCUAUUCAUUGUGCUCAUAUCCUCUAAAAGUUGCAUAUUGUUUUCUCGAGAUUUUUCUAAUUAAUCUUCUUUAUCUGCUAACUGUCUAUUUGCUAAGAUGCUCUGUUCCUUGCAAAGUGUGUGGUAAUCCUUUUCUUGGUUUUUAAUAAGAUCUCCAUCUGUUUCUAUAAGCUGAUGAAUUGAAGUUAUUUUUGAAUGAAGGCUUUCAAUAUCUUGAUCUCUUGACUCCCGCUCUGUGAUAAAUCUCAUAUCUAGCUCGUUUAAUUUCUUGUUGAUCAUAUCAAAAUUAUUAAGUUGGUACUCUAUUUCAUGUGUUUGUUCUUGUAAUUUCUCCAAUCUAUCGUCAGCAACUUCUAUUCUAGCUUCGAUCUGGUAUUGGCUAUUUAGAGAAGGAUCGACCAUUUCCUUAAUCAUGGUCCUCAUCCUAGUUUCAAAAUUAAACCAAUCAAGCUUGUUCUUCAAGUCAGGAUUGGUGAUAGGUUGAAGGGGUUCAUCAGGCUCAACGUAACUUUGAUUAGCAGUUGUUUCAAUAGGAUCUGACAUA